AUGGGCGAGAUACAGAGUGUGAUAGAGCUGUAUGUUGAAGUGCAAGACUGGGAAGAAGCCUUCAUAUGGGCAGACAAACAUCCAGAGUAUCGACAGCUUGUGUAUGUACCAUAUGCAACAUCCUUAGCCGAGCAGGAUAAGUUCCUGGAAGCUCAGAGAGCCUUCCAUAAAGCAGGUAAGCCUGAAGAAGCCUUCAGGGUGCUGGAACAACUUACAAUGAAUGCUGUGAAUGAGAAUCGCUUUGACGAUGCAGGCUACUACUUCUGGAUGCUCUCUAUGCAGUGUCUUGACAUAGCUGAAGAAGAUGAGAUUGAGUACGAAGCCAUGAUGAACAAGUUCCAUGACUACCAGAAGAAAGCCUCAAUGUACUAUGUUUAUCACACUAUACAGCGAUACAUGCCCAAGCAAGAUUUUGGUUGA